AUGGGCUCACAAGCACUCACACUCAUCGACCGUAUCGCCCUCGUCAACUCUACAACCUCAAUCCCCUACAUCGGCUUUGGCGUCUACAAAAUCCGUGGCCCAGCCUGUACAGCGGCAGUCAUCGAAGCCCUCUCAGCAGGGUAUAGACACAUCGACUCGGCUGCUCUCUACCGCAACGAGCAGUACGUCGGGAGCCCCACCGCUAGGAAGAGUCUAGCGAGUGAUGAGGAUGGAGUGUAUCGCGAAGUCGUAGACAGCGUGGAUCGCAUCGCUAGCGAGGAUGGCUAUGUUGACUUGCUGCUGAUCCAUGUACCUGGACCAUCCCAUACACACCGUGAGAAGCUGUGGGCUGCCAUGGAGAGACUUCGAAACGAGGGAAGGGCAAAGAGCAUCGGUGUGAGUAACUUUCGUGUGCGGCAUCUGGAGGAGAUGAGAGAGUAUGCGGCAGCUUGGCCCCCCAGCGUGAAUCAGAUCGAGCUUCAUCCUUGGUGCCAGCAGCGAGAUGUGGUAGCUUACUGCCAAACCCAUGGCAUUAUAGUCGAGGCCUAUAGCCCACUGGCAACGGGCACCCGGCUAGAUGACCCGACGGUCCAGAGCAUGGCGACCAAGAAGGGAAAAACGCCUGCUCAGAUUCUUAUCCGAUACGCGCUACAGAAGGGUUGGGUUCCAUUACCAAAGAGCGUGCAACCAGACCGCAUCCACGAGAAUCUCGACGUCUUCAACUUUGACCUCGACCAGGACGAUAUGGCGGCGCUAGAUGCAUUAGAUGAGGGGUCAAAGGGAGCUGUAUUCAAGACGAAUGUGGACUGA